AUGAUACUUAGGCUUAGUGAGGGAGCAAGGGAGCGAGGAAGCGAGGAAGCAAGGGAGCAAGGAAGCAAGGGAGCAAGGGAGCGAGGAAGCAAGGGAGCAAGGGUGCAAGGGAGCAAGGGAGCGAAGAAGCAAGGGAGCAAGGGAGCAAGGAAGCAAGGGAGCAAGGGAGCAAGGGAGCAAGGGCGCAAGGGAGCAAGGGAGCGAGGAAGCAAGGGAGCGAGGAAGCAAGGGAGCGAGGAAGCAAGGGAGCAAGGGAGCAAGGGAGCGAGGAAGCAAGGGAGCAAGGGAGCAAGGGAGCAAGGGCGCAAGGGAGCAAGGGAGCGAGGAAGCAAGGGAGCGAGGAAGCAAGGGAGCGAGGAAGCAAGGGAGCAAGGGAGCAAGGGAGCGAGGAAGCAAGGGAGCAAGGGAGCGAGGAAGCAGGGCAUGGAUUGA